UCUGUGGUGUUCCAUGGGUUGUUUCAUGCAUGGAUGACAAACUUCACUAUCCUGAGGACUUAUUCUAUGACUGUGAUGCCGUGCACUCUAUUUUGGGUUCUUUCGCUCCUUAUGCAGUUCCAAAGGUGAGAAGUGUGGCUCUUUUACAUGAUAUUGGGUUUAAGAGCAGAAUUACCAUUGAAGAUGUCGUGGAAAUACUGAGAGUCUGGAGAAGAUCAGCGACCUUAUUUAAGUUGAGUGUUGCACAAAUGUCAAAAGUAUACACUUUCCUAUGGAAAGAAGUUGAUACUUCGAGAAAGAACAUUGUUGAAGAUCUCAUCUCAGAGCCAUUUAUAUUCUUUCCUUCUUUAUGUGCCUCUGGGUUUGAGGAUGUUGUGUUGGGCUCAUUUUUGUUGCCAAAACAAGUUUGUUGGAACGAUUCAACUGUGUUUCUGAACCAAAUGGAAGAAAUUGAUUCCAAGUCUGGUGCAAUUGGAGCAAAGCAUAGCCUGUUGAGCAGGACAUUGUGCGACAUAUAUCCAGGCUUGCAUGAUUUUUUUGUCAAUAUAUGUGGGGUUGAGGAGAGUCCUUCUUUCCAAGAUCAUUUCCAGAAUUUGGUCCGUUUAUCAACAAGUGUUUUGCCUUCGCAAGCAGCAAAAUAUGUUUUCAAGGUUUUUCUGAAGUUGGUAGAUGAACUGAAAUGUGGAAAGGUUAGUUCUGAAGAUAUUUCUCGAGUUAGUGGAUAUCUUAAAAAAUCAGAAUACACCGUGCUUCCCACUCUUCAUAAUAGGUGGGUUUCUCUGCACUCUUCCUUUGGACUUGUGUGCUGGUGUGACAAUGAGAAGCUAAUGAAUGAAUUCAGCAUUUUGGACAAAAUUGAACUUAUACAUUUUGGGGAGCUUGUUGAUGAUGAGAAAGAGAUGAUUUAUGUUAAACUGCCUCUUCUCAUGCAUACUCUGGGGAUUCCUGCAUUUUCUGAGGUUGUAACUUGUGAAGCUGUAUAUUACGGUCAAAGGGAUUCUAGCUUCAAGGCUUCUUUUGUAAAAAACUGGGUUCUUCCUUAUGCUCGGCGUUAUAUUUACUAUGAACAUCCCAACACAUAUGCCAAACUUAAACAGUCUGGAUUUUCUAAUCUGAGUGAUUUGCAUGUUGUUGUUGUGGAGAGGUUAUACUAUAGGAAUAUCAUAAGAAAUUUGAGGAUUGCUUCUGAAAAGCAAGUGGAGACCACGUCAGUUCUUCAGGGCAAUACUUUAUUUGUCACUCCAGAGUCUGAUUCUCAUGCCUUGUACAUGGAGAUUUCUCGUCUAUUCUUUGAUGGCACUGCAAACAUUCACUUGGCAAAUUUUCUUCACAUGAUCACAACAAUGGCAGAGUCAGGUUCCACAGAGGAGCAGGUGGAGUCUUUCAUCAUAAAUAGCCAAAAGAUGCCAAUCUUACUGGGUGAUAAACCCUUGUGGGCCCUUUCCUCAAUUUCUUUGUGUGAGGAUGAUGGAUCACUAGAGAACAGAAGCUUUUCAGCAACAAGAGAAGUGUCCAAAUCCUUUCAGGCCAAAAGAAGGGCAGGAGUUACCUCAAAUUGGCCUCUUUCAGACUGGAGAAAUGCACCAGGGUCAGUUUAUUCUCCUUAUAGCCAAGUUAAGACACAGCCAGUAACUGUAACCACGAGCACUUGCUCAGAAGUGAUAAAGGAGGAUUAUCAUAAAUUAACUGAAGAAAGUGAUGGUGGCCAUGAGGCGAGUGUUGAUUUUACAACUGAAGAUGUAGCAGCAAAAUUUCCAUUCAAAAUUUCAAUUUCUGAUAGAGCAAUGUAUGUCAGCAAUUUGGAUUCUUGCGCAGAUGUCUCAGCUAAUCAAAUUGACACGACUCCAGUGUCUGAUCUACCUGACUUGGAUCCACCUCAGUUGAUUGGGAGAACAAUGCUCAAUGUUGGCACACCUGAUCCAGAACAAGCAAUAUUAGUGGGGAAACUAGGAGAAUUUGUCGCUUUUGAGCAUCUUGCCAAGAAAUUCAAUCAAAGUUCUGUUAAGUGGGUCAAUGAAGAUGGUGAAACUGGUCGACCCUAUGACAUUACGAUAGAGGAUGGAGAAGGAUUUCAAUACGUAGAAGUCAAAACAACUCAAUCGGAGGAGAAAGAUUGGUUCUCCCUGUCACCAAAUGAGUGGCAAUUUGCAAACCAGAAAGGUCGAAAUUUCAGCAUAGCACACGUCAUUUUGGUAGGCCAGAGCAGAAACAAAAUCAAAUUAUUUUCAAAUCCAUUUGAACUCUGUCGCUCUGGGAAGUUGCAAUUGGCGAUUGUGAUGCCAAGCUAGCUGUAAUGCCCUUAGUGGCUCGGCUUGUGUUGAAUCUCUUAUGCCUUAAUUGAGCAGUGUAUGUAGUGACACCAAACCACCGGUAGUGCUGAUAAGUACCUUGCAUAAUACAGAGAAGUUUGGUUUUAAUCUUUCAUGACUGGUGAUGGAAGGAGAUGCAAGUGACUUGAAGAGGUCAUUUCUCUAUGACUUCUGAAGAUGGUUAAGCUUUAAACAACUUCCCUUCAGAAUAAGCUGCACAAUGCUCUCAAGUAUGAUUGCACAACUUGUGCCAUGUAGUUAUUCAGAUGGACUUACACUAAUCAUCACAUUUCUGUGUAAGCAAGGAGUAAAAGGUUAUUUUGUUCUAGAUGAACCCCUGCCAUCAGGUUCCUUGUCAAUAUCUUCAAAUUGUAAGCUUUGAAGACAGUAGUGGGUGAAUAAUGACGGGAGUAUGAGGCAACAUUCGGGGUGAAAUCAGCGGAACAAUAGUAGGCGGUCAAACUUUGUCAUGGAGGGGUAUCUUAUGUAUGUUCAUUUGUUCCUGGAUUCUUUUCUGUUUCUAAGGUGGUAGAAGUAAUGUUCCUGGACAAUUAUGUCAUAUUUCUUGGACGCCAAGAAAGUUUCUGGCUGUAAUAAGGCUUGACAUAUUUAAUUAUGCGCUUUACCACGUUCAUUUACAGAGAGCAGACUUUGUAGUA